UAGAUUCUCCAGAGAAUAAAAGCUAAACUCUCCCGAGAAAGCCACAAAUUCUCUCAUCACUGAGACUUUCAUGGCCCAUCUGGGCCUGACGUGUGGGUAAGGAAUGUGGAAGAACACAUUCCAGUAAGUUUGCACCACUCAGACCAUGUGAUGCAGGAGGGGAAUCGUUAGGUUAUUAAGAGAAACAGAAAGCAGGCAGGAGAAAAGGAAAAGAGAGGAAAAGGGAAAGGUGAUAGACAUUCAAACAUAGAGCAGAGACAUUUAUGGCCUCAUAGUUCUGGGAGUUCAAACUCAAAAUGUUGGUGGAGUCAUGCUCUCUCUGAAGGCUCUAGGUGAGGAACCUUCCUUGCAUCUUCCUAGCUGCUGGUGGUUGCCAGCAAUCCUCUGCAUUCCUUGGCUUGUAGACACAUCACUCCAAGCUCUUUCCUCUUGCAUUUCACUAUAAGCAGCAAGGAGAAAACCAGCUACACCUGCCACACUUUGCUUGGAAAUCUCUUCAGCUAAAUAUUCAGGCUCAUCGCUUACAGGUUCUACUUUCCACCAAGAAGACACUGACGUAUCCCCAGGAUACAUUGGACCAUGUGUGUGACUUCUUUCUUCCCUGAAGCACCCUGCAGUCUCCCCCUGUACCCAGGAAAGAUGAUCAGGCACUAUGUCUGGCUUUCUGGGCAAAGAGUUCCUUCACUGGCUCCACCCAAUCUGCUUCCUGGCAGAGAGGUUUCAGAGGGUGCAUACAUUUCUCCCUCACAGUUAAAGCAAAAGCACCGGCUCAAGCAGCUUCUUGGGAGAAAACCUGACAACUCAUCAACACCUUCAAAAGCAGAUCUUGUGGGAACCUAAGCUCCACAGUCUCUGAUACAAACAUGGCUGACACCCAGGACGACGCUCUGAGGAUCGUGCUGGUCGGGAAAACCGGAAGUGGGAAAAGUGGGACGGCAAACACCAUCCUCGGGGAAAAGGUAUUCGAAUCUAAGAUUGCUGCCAAGGCUGUUACCAAAACUUGUCAGACAACAUCCCGGAAAUGGAAGGGCAGAGACCUUCUCGUUGUUGACACCCCAGGGCUCUUCGAUACCAAGGACAGCCUGGACACCACGUGCAAGGAAGUCAGCCGAUGUGUCCUCCUCUCCUGCCCGGGGCCCCACGCCAUCAUCUUGGUCAUACAGCUGGGCCGCUACACGGAGGAAGAGCAGAAAACUGUGGUAUUGAUCAAGAAUCUGUUUGGGGAAACAGCCAUGAAACACAUGAUCAUCUUGUUCACUCGAAAAGACUUGCUGGACGACCAGAGGCUAAGCGACUUUCUGAAGGAUGCGGGUGUAAACCUGCAAAGCCUCAUCAAGGAGUGUGGAGACCGAUGCUGUGCCUUUAAUAACAAGAGUGCAGACCAGGCAGAAAAUGAAGUUCAGGUGCAGGAGCUGGUGGAGCUGGUAGACAAGAUGGUGCAGAACAACAAAGGGGCUUACUUUGCUGACAAAAUAUACAAGGACACUGAAGAAAAGCUGAGAGAGCAGGAGGAAGUCUUAAAGAAAAGCUACGAUGAUCAGUUAAAAAAAGACAUUAAAAGAGUAGAAAAGGAUAAUGCCCUUACUGCAGAAGAAAUGGAGGAAGAAAUAAAACGGUUAAGGAACAAACAUGAAGAACAAAUGAAAAAUAUAAGGAAAGUAGCUGAGGAGAGUAUAUUUCAAGUUGUUUUCAAGGAGAUUAAAAAUAUGCUUUCAAAAAUAUGGCAAAUGUUUUGGAAGUAGUGUAAAUUUUGUUUACUUCUCAAUUUACUGUAACUUGUUUAUAUUGUAGUUUGUAGUUUCCAAAGAUGCCUAAAACCAUAUCUUCUUUCUGACUAAUUCUACUUACAGUCUGAUCUUGUUACGCUCUCCAUUGUGUUAUAGGUCUAUGUCCCUUACCUUGAAAUUGGUUGGACUCUGUGACUGCUGGGAUGAAUAGGAGGUGGUUGGAGCAAUACCAGAUGACUUCUGAGGUUAGAUAGGGUAAAGGCCUCCUAGCUCUCCUGGGUGAUUGUCCUUGGAAUUUGGCCACCAUGUUGUGAGGAAGCCCAAGUCGGCCGCAUGGAGAGGACUUGAAGUCACUGGCCCUCUCCUUUGGCUGAUGGUUCAUCUCCUGGCCAGAACCAGCUUGCCAGCCAUGCAAGUGAGGCAACACCAAUGUGGACUCUCCAGCUGCCUGCUGACAAAGCCACAAAGCGCAAAGAGGAGCCAUCGCCACAGGGGCCUGCCCAAAUUGCAGAUUCAUGAGAAAAAUAAAUGAUUGUUGCUAUUUCA